GCGCUCUGCAUCCCUCCUCGCGGUGACGUCACGCAGCUUCAUUCCGUCAAGAUGUUGUUCGGUUCCGCGGAUGAGCGCAGAUUAGCGUGAUUACGGCGACGAGAAAGCGACUAAAUCAAGCAAAUCCGAGAUCUGUGGAAUCAACAUUUAUUAUGGAGUUAAAGAAAGCCAUUUCUGAACGCGAAGCGACGAUGAAAACAUACGGAGCGCUGCAAGAGACAAAUCGGAGCAGAGACAAAGGCCAGAUGGACGUGUCCAUGGCUGAAAGCUCUAUGUCUGCAGACGAGAUGGAGGCGGAAAUGGCUCGGAUUCAGCGCCUGCGGGAGGUUCUGGUGAGACGCGAGUCUGAGCUGCGCUUCAUGAUGGAUGAUAUUCAGCUCUGCAAAGACAUUAUGAAGCUGAAGCAGGAACUGAGGAAGAUAGUGGCAGUGCCAGACACAGAGAAGACUAAGAAACAUCGUCAGAGAGAAGAGAAAUUAAUCCAGGAGAUUCAUCAGCUGGUGCAAAAGAGAGAUUUCCUGGUGGAUGAUGCUGAGGUUGAGCGUCUGAGGGAGCAGGAGGAAGAUAAAGAGAUGGCAGAGUUCCUCAGACAGAAGCUCAGCGUCAUAAACAGAGCUCCAAAGCCCAGAACUGCUGAACCUCCAGCCAACAAACCCUCCAUCAGCAAGAGCAGCGCAGCCCUUAUUAAAGACUGCUGCGGAGCCACUCAGUGCAUCAUCAUGUGAAGUUCACAGAGAUUCCCCAAAGCAAAUAAUAAUUACCUGAAUUUGAUGAAUAUAAAGUUUGCUGACUAAGCAUUAGAAAGAAGUUGAACCCCUCUGUGAUUCUGCAGCAUGACUCCAUCGGGCCAUCAGGAGGAGCCCAAAACAUCCACACAAAACUCAGAGAGAAGUAUUCAUUUAUUCUUCACCCUAUUGAAAAAUCGUUCACGAGCACAAAAGAAUCACUGUCAAACAAUAAUACAUUGCUAUGAGUUUUUAAACACACAUGCAUCAUAAUCUAGUGUUUAUUAUAGCUUCAUCUGACAGCGUACAGAUACUUUAUUUUAGACAUUAGAAAACAUAUUCCCCAUGAAGUGAUUCUGAUGUCUGAGGGUUUUGUUUCUCUGUUUCCUUAAAGAGGAACUUGUAAGAAAACAGAAGUGGAUCAGCACAGCUAUGAACUGUGAUAAAUGUGCAGUAUUAGUAUUUCUUUAAGGUGACCAUACAUCACCCAGACACAUCCUGGCCAGGAUUUCUAUAUUUCUUUAAAUCAUGAAGUACCUCAAGAGUGUUUCGAAAACAUAAGAAACCGAUGUCAUACACCCAUCGGUCUGCACACGCAAACAAAGCCAAAACAUAGAAAUUUUAAGCAAUACAGAAAUCCUGGCCGGAAUGCUUCCGGGAUAAAUGCCAUGUACGGUCACCGUAAUUUCUUUGCCUUUUGAAAUGUGGUGGUAUUUAAACAGGCAUGAUAAUCAGAAAUAAUUAGACAAACUGAAUCUUAAUGAAGUAGUGAAUCAGCUUGUGAAUAUUCUGCAAAUAAAGUAUCUUCCUGCA